CUAUUGAUAAAAUUCGGACUUCCGGGAUUGUUACUACCGUCAACAAGCUACGGGCGAUGUUUCGGCUAGCUAAAAUGUGUUUUCUAACGAGAGUUGGUAUUAUUGUGGUUGGCCUUUCCAUCUGUUAGGUUUCAGUUUUAAUAUCGAAAACAACCAGCGGACUGCAUGUGGUCUUUGCCCCCAAACGCAUGCGCGGGCACUUAUGGUAGCUUGCAAUGACAAACAGCUGCUGUAAAUGACAUAAAUGGGCACACCAUGCUAGCUAAGCACUGACACGCACUAAAGCAAAUAUUCGCGACCAUAAUUUACUUCCAGCGCUCAUUUUAUCGAAAUGGUAUUCAACAGGUCAAGUGCCAAAUGUGCGCUUGUCAGUACUGUUCUACAUACAAAAAAUCACAUGAAUGCUGUACUGUUUUGGCAUCUUCAGAGUGUGCUGCCACUGUUCCUGCUCUUAUGUGGCUGCAUGUGGGGGUCUCACCAAGUGGAGGCCUCAGCAGACACCCUCAGCUCUGUAGAUGCUUCUUUUUGCUUUGGUGAUCUGGAGGUAAUCUACCCACAGCUGGACAUUGGUAGGUGCCUGAUUGUUCCAAAAGAUCACAUGAAACUUCGACAGAAGCUCAGCACAGAGUGGGGAGCUCCAAUUAUCCGGUACUCUGCAGCGAAUGAGGGAAAGAUGUACGUUCUGGUGAUGGUUGAUCCUGAUGCUCCAAGUCGCUCUAAUCCGACAUCCAGUUACUGGAGGCACUGGCUUGUCACCAAUGUGCCGGGAAGUUCACUGAGGAAUGGAGUUUUACAGGGGCUUACCAUCACUGACUAUCGUCCUCCAACUCCACCACAGGCCUCUGGUCUCCACCGCUACCAGUUCCUGUUGUACGACCAGCCAUCCGACAUGGCGGUGUCGCUCGCCCAGCGGGAGUCAUCGGCACGAGGUCAGUGGAAUCUGGAAGCCUUCAUCAAAAGGUUUCAUCUUGGGGAGCCUGUGGCUGCAGUGCAGUUUCUCACACAAAACUACAAAGACUGAAGAAGACCUCGGAGGUGUCGUGGGCCUGCGUGGUGAUCGUACAACCGACGUAGCCAAUUCGGACAGCGUUUGAAUUCAUCGCAAUUGCAUGAUUUCUUUUAACCGAAUAAAAGCAGUUCUACUCUC